AUGGGCGACCGCAAGGGCGCGUACGGCGGCGCGUCGAAUGGCCCGAGCGACACCUCCUUCCGCCGCACCUGGGACCGCAGUGAGUAUGAAGCCAAAGCGCGCGACCGCGACGCCAAGGUCAAGGAGGAGGGCAAGGCGCGGUAUGAAGCUGCGCUAGAAGGCAAGAAAUACCACCGUCGCGCCUCGACGCCCACCGACACGAAAGAGACCGAGGCGCGUCAGCAGCGCUUGAACGUCGCUGAGCAGGUUGGUAAGACUACUCUCGUCGCUGCAGGCGCAGGACAGGGCAAGCGUGGCAAAGGAGCCGGAUUCUACUGCGAUGCUUGCGACUUGACAUUCAAGGACAAUCUGCAGUGGGUGGAGCAUUUGAACAGUAAGCAGCAUUUGAUCGCAACUGGAGAGACCGGAGAGGUCAAGAGGGCCACGUUGGAAGACGUGGAGGAAAGAUUUGAGUACCUGAAGAGGAAGAUGGAAGAGGAGAAAGUGCACGAUCAAACCGAUUUGCAGACGAGGAUCAAGACCACGGCCGAGCAAUUGGAGAAAGAGCGAGAAGAGAAGAGGCGCAAGAGGAAUGAGAAGCGGCGCAAGACGAAGGACGGCAAAGGUCACGAAGAGAUACGGGUGGAGAACGAUGGGAUCAUCUGUUGA